AUGCCAAGCCAAGAGCCGACGGCAAUUCCAGAUGAAACCACGGAACUAGCCACCACGAGCGUCUCAGCACUGAAAGCAGUUAUUCAGUCAGCCAUGCUGCAAACCGCUAAGUGUGACGUGACUGACCAUUGUGGGAAGAAGGUCACGGUCAACGCACUACUGGACAGUGGCAGCCAACGAUCGUUCAUCACUGCAGCUCUAGCUAAACGACUCCAGCUACCAGUCGAGAAUGAAGAGAGGCUCUACCUGAACACCAUGGCAGCAACUAAGUCCAAGAGCUUCAAUUCGCAAUCGUUCCAACUCGUUGUCAACCUCCGAGACGGUAACAUGGCACAGAUAAUGGUGAAUACUCUGCCUACCAUAACCAACCCAAUUGUGAAACAAGCCGUGCAACAGACCGACUUAGCGUUUCUUGAGCAGCUGUCUCCAACAGCGCUAGCAGAUUCUGUUCCUCACGCAAUGGAAACUGUCAACAUUGACUUUCUAAUUUGUGCUGACUACUUUUGGCAACUGGUGGGCAAUAAUGUUAUCACACUGCCAUCAGGACUCAAGCUAGUCUCCUCCGAAUUUGGAUACCUGCUCACCGGCUGCAGUUCAGUACGGGAUGAAUGCAGCAAUGAUGACACGACCUCCCUUGUGGUUUCCAGCAGCGGUUCGAUUUUCUCAGGAGCUGCAAGGGUCUCCAACCGUAACACAGAGGACAGUGUACUGUCUCAAUUCUGGCAACUGGAGAAUAUUGGAAUCAAGGAUUCACCCUACGCGAAUGAUGACGAAAUCGCACUGGCGCAAUUUCGCAAGACAACGGAAUAUUCCGAGGGCAGGUAUUCCAUCCAAUGGCCAUGGAAGCCUGAUGACACCGAAGAUCAACUUCCUAGCAACUACGGCUUAGCCCUUGGCCGAAUAAAAUCACUGGCCAAACGACUCGCUUCAGACGGACAACUGCUCGAGAGUUAUGACAAGGUGAUCCGACAGCAGCUAGCUAAGGGAAUCAUUGAAGAAGUUCAACUUUCCGGAAUCAGUGGUAAACAACACCAUUUCCCACACCACCCAGUUGUGACACCAGCGAAGUCGACAAAGGUCAGGACAGUGUAUGAUGCAUCAGCCAAAGCGAGUGCAACAUCUCCAAGCCUGAACGACUGCCUCUACCGUGGCCCAGUGCUACUCCCUGACCUCUGCGGCCUGCUAAUGCGUUUCCGUCUCAAGCCAAUUGUGAUUAGCGCUGACGUAGAGAAAGCAUUUCUUCAAAUUUCUAUUCAGCCAAGUGACAGGGACGUCACCCGAUUCAUCUGGUACAAGGACUGUGCCACACCUGAGAAGGUUAACGGCAAUGUCACAGCGUACCGUUUCUGUCGAGUGCCGUUCCGUGUAGUCUCGAGCCCAUUUCUGCUCGUUCCUACCAUUCAGCUGCACCUCACACAGGCCCAGACCGAUGUGUCUGGUGCUAUUGCACGUGAUCUGUAUGUGGACAACCUAAUAACCACGGUCUACUCCCCAGAAGAAGGUAUUCAUCUCUACAAGGAAGCCAAGCAGCUGUUCUCAGAUGCAUCCAUGAACCUACGAGACUGGAUCACCAACUCCGACAAAGUGUUGGACAAGGUUCAGGAAAUCGACCGAUUGCCAUCAGCAUCUACCAAAGUCCUUGGGCUCAAGUGGGAUAGCAAAGCAGAUAACAUCGCCGUGUCCAACAGCAUCAAUGAGAAAUCAGUCGGUCCAGUCACAAAGCGCAGCGUGCUGAACAAAGUGGCAAGCGUGUUUGACCCACUCGGAUUGAUGACACCAUUUACACUGCAAGUGAAGCGGUACCUUCGUCGGCUAUGGGAGGAAGGUCUGGAGUGGGAUGCCCCAUUGUCCGCACCAAUGCUCCUGGAGUGGGACAACAUCCAAUCAGCACUCCGGCAGACGACGACCGGCACCAUUCCAAGGUUCAUUGGUCCUGCGAGUGCAAGUCAACCGAUGAGUCUACAUAUCUUCACAGAUGCAUCCAAGGAUGCAUAUGCAGCAGCAGCAGCUUACCUCCAAGUGCAGAUUCCGGAUUCCAACAAGUACACGGUGAAUCUCAUCUUCUCCAGAUCCCGACUGACCCCGUCACUCAACAAACCAUCCAAGAAGCAAUCAGUCACCAUUCCUCGUAUGGAACUGCUCGGCGUGGUCAUCGGAUUCAGGAUGGUCAAGUUCAUCCAAUCCCAGCUUCAACUUCAGAACAACAUCCCGACAUACCUCUGGACUUAUGCCAAGUGUGUUCUCCACUGGCUCACAACGCCCGAUUAUCUCUCAACAUUUGUUGCCAAUCGUGUGAAGGAAGUGAAAUCCAAUCAGCAGCUACAGUUUCGUCACGCUCAGUCCCAGGCAACCCUGCAGACAUUGCAAUACGCGGUUUUCAGCCAGAGGAGUUGA